UACAAAUUUGCUUCAGAUGGCUUCACAAUCUGUACAGCAUACGCCACCCUCUGUCAUUGGACCCAUGCAGCAUUUAAGGAGAAAACACCCAACAAAAAACCCUUUAUCAUAUCAUCUUUGUGUCAUUUUAGUUGUUGAAUUUGUUAAAUUACUUUAGAGUAGUCUCUUAUCCAGUUAUAGUCAGUCACUGUGAUAUAAUGUCAAUGAAAGUAAACAUAUAGCCAAGGUAAAUGGGUUAAUUAUCCUUUUCUUCUGGUAUAGUAGGACAAACCAGGGAUUAAAGAUUGUUCAAAAACAUACCUUAUUGGCCACAGUGUUACCAUGUGUUACCGCUAGAGGACAGUAAUACUGAUUGGAUUGUUUAUAACCUGCCCUUGGUUUUUCACACGAAGAAGAAUUCAAUCCAUGUUGGAUUCACGUUUAGCUAAUACUUUCACCGGUUGUGUGUUGUAAACAAACUCUAAGCUCAGUCGGAACAUUGAACGUACUGUCUUGUGCUUGUCGUUUCACUACACAGGUGGUAAAACAGACGGUAAGCUACUUCUCGAGAUGGUGCAGCUGCAUGUGAAGCGUGGAGAUGAAAGCCAGUUUCUUUUCGACACCACUGUGCUCGCGCCUGUGGAGUCGGUGAUUCAGCAAAUUACAGCCAUUUACAACGGGAGGCUCAAAGUGGAACGGAUAUGUUCAGAGAUCCCAGAGCUGGCUGACCAUGGCACCCCACUGCCCCCCAACAUGCAGGGGCUGACAGAGGAGCAGAUCGUGGACCUGAACCUGAUUGAUGAAUGGGAAGAAAAGUGUGUUCCCAGUGGAGGGCCCGUGUUGAGGAGGGAUGAGAUUGGGAGAAGGAACGGACAGGCUCCAAAUGAUAAGAUGAAAGAGGUGUUGAUGAGAACUGUGGAAGAGGCGAAGGCACUGAUCUCCAAAAAACAAGUCCAAGCUAAUGUUUGUGUCACCAUGGAGAUGAUAAAGGACGCCCUAGACCCACUAAGGGGUGCGGUCAUGAUUGUUUACCCAAUGGGGCUGCCUCCUCAUGACCCUAUCAGGAUGGAGUUUGAAGACAGGGAAGACCUUUCAGGAACACAGGCCUCUCUGCAGGUGGUCACAGAGGAGGAGUGCCAGCUAUGGUGGGCUGGCAAAGAGAUGCAGAGGGGGAAAAAACUGCAGGACUACAUUGGUAAAAAUGAAAAAACGAAGCUUGUGGUCAAAAUCCAAAGGAAAGGGCAGGGGGCCCCAGGGAGAGAGCCUGUGAUCACUGAGGAGCAGCAGAAACAGAUGAUGAUGCGUCAAUACAGGAGGCAGGAGGAGCUCAAGAAACUAGAUGAGGGAGACGAUGAUAGCCACAUGGACUCGGAGUGGACAGACAGACAAGCUCUCAGAAAACAGUUUCAGGGCCUCUCUAACAUCAAAUGGGGGCCCAGGUGAAAAACGCUAACACCCAGAUUCCCACCGUGGAGCUGCUGCCCUGAUCCCAUACAGCUCCACAUGCAACCGACUAUGAUGCCUUAUUCUCAUUAUCCUUAAAUCAGUUCAAUACAUGUUAGUAUUUAUUUGUAUCUGAAUUCAAAUCUGGAGACAUUGUCUGACAGGACGGGUAAAUAUGUAAUUAAAAACCUGAUUUAUUUGAAGGUCAAUCUGAUCCUUGUAUUCCCUUACUGAUUGUUUUUAACCUCAAUUUUACAUUUGUAUUGAAGCUGUGCAGAUGAAAUACAUUUAAGAUAUUCUCUUUAUAUUAUUGUUGUUGUGGAAAAAGUCUAAUAAAUUGUUUUUCAAAUUU